GUUUAUCGUCUCCGUUCAUCAACACAAGUCACAUUUUCUGGCGGUCCUUGUCACGGAGAAAUAGAAGAGUUGCAAUGUCCUCUUGCUGGCUACUUCUUCUUUUAAUGGUUAUAAAUGUUUCCAUAAGUGCAUCAUAUCAACGUAAGACGCCAACAGCGAGCAUCGAAGACCGUCUAGCCGUUCUAAAAAGCAAGCAACCUCCAAUGGAGGUUGUUUUCGCUUUCCACGCAAACCAAGGGAAAUUGAGAUACCAGCAGUAUGCCAAGGAGCAGUGGUCAAAUUGGCACGAUAUGGGCUCUCCUGAAGGGAAAUCAAUAAUUUCAAACCCAGUUGCCAUCCAUGAUUCCAACAAUCAGACAUUUGUAUUUUGUCUUUGUGAUGAUGGACAAGUUUACUUCCUCAAAAAAGAGGCUGAUGGCACAGCUCUUGAGUUUGGAAAGUGGCUUUCAAUCAGUGCUAAAAUUCCAUUUGAAGCAGGAGUGACUCUGAAAGGAAAAGACACUUUGUCUGUAGUGAACUAUCAGAAUAAGCUGACUGUCUUCUCAAGAUCAGUGACAAAAUCCUCCCAUCUGUACUGGUCACAGCAAGUCAAUGGUAAUUGGUCAGACUGGGCUCUUAUUGGUGGAUCAUCUGUUUCAUUAAAUUCUGAUGUGGCAAUAGCUUACAAUGGUUUCUCAAAGUAUCUGGAAGCAUUUGCCAUCAUGGAAAACAACAAAAUGUAUAGAACUUGGCAAACAGGUCCAACAAAAUGGGUUUCCUGGGAUGAAACAGGAUAUGGUGCCCCAGAGACCCAGCAUGCCCCAGUAGUGCACCAAAUGAGCCACAGUACAUUCAAUGGUGUCCUCAAUGUGUUCGUAUAUGGUGAUGAUGGCUACAUUCACCAUAUAUGGCAAACAACCUGUGAUAAGGUUCCAAACCCUUGGGGGUGGUGCACAUGGAGUUUGUGGUCUAAGAUUGGUGACAAGAUUCCAAUGACUGACCCCUCUUAUAAUCCUUUGAGUAUUGGGGCUAAUAUACAUCUUGGAAUUGAGAUAUUCACAGUGGGAAACAAAGGUGGCCUGUGGCACAUGUGGGAGCUUGAACGUGGUAAGGAGUGGAACCCGUGGCAAUAUAUUGGGCGUCCUGUAUCAGCCUUGACCAGUCAUUCCACCAUCAUUAAUGAUGACAAAGGAUGGUGGGCAGCAUAUGCAUUAAGUGCUAAUGAUGAUGUUGAGAUAAUUGAGCAGAAUCGGUCCCUAGUCCUGUCAACAACACAAGCAGCAUUUGGAAGUCCAGUUAAAGUCUCAUGGUCUGUACCAGUUGAUGAGGCCACACACAAGGAUUGGAUAGGUGUAUACCCAUCUGGUGCUGACAAUGAAAUGUAUGUGGACUUCUUAUAUGUUGGAGGAGGACAGAAUCCAAAUGCAGACCCACUACCUAAAGGAUCUCUGACUUUCAAAUCUUAUCUUCCCAAUGGCAAAUAUGACUACCGCUACCUGGUAAAUAAGAGAUUCUUUGAUGCAGUGAGCUCCAGCCUGACUGUAUUCAAUGGCACAAAAGACAAAGAGUGGGUUCAAGUUUACAGAGGGAUUGCUGCAGGAUUAGGCAAAGAAGGCUUUAAUUUUGAAAAAUGUGUUGAAGAUGGAAACCAAACUGUAGCAGCAUUCAAGGAAUCAUUUGAUGCCUUACAAAACAAAAACAUUUUCAAAGGACUGCAGUUGUUUGGCACAGCACUUAUGGACGUGGUGAAGGCAUUUAAAGAUUGCAGUGAGACUGAUAUUGCCAAAGCAAUUGAAAAACUGGCCAUAGAUUUCAUAAAAUGUGUAAAAGGUGACUGCAUCAACUUUGUGAUUGAUGAUGCAGUAAGGCUUGUGAUCCUUUUUGAGAAUGUGUAUGAGAUAUAUGGUGACAUACAAGGAGCAACAAAUUCCUUCCACAUAAAGGCUUAUGAACAAGGUGGAUACUGCAUUGGUCGUGUUGUUAAUGUGUGCAUUGCAAUGCCAUCAACAAAUUUUUAGAUUUGGCAUUUUUGCUUUUUCAUUUAGCAAAAAAAGGGUCCACAGGCUAUGGAUUUUAAAUUUCCUAACAAGUUGGCAGAGGGGGUAUAUUGUGUUUGAUCUUCUAUAAAGCUGGAAUUCAUUUCAAUAACAUGAUAACUGUUGUAGGAAAUGAUAAGAGUUUUGUUCAGAGUGGAGAAUAAUGACACAAAAUUACUCUACUAUGUGAUUGCCUUAAGUAUAAUUAUUGAUGGACAAUUGUUGUGUUUUUUGAAACACCUACCGCAAGCAUAUUAAAAGGGUUGGGAAUUGCUGAUUUGGUCAACUUAGUACUAAAGACAUUUACAACCUUGAGUACACAACCAGUUCCAAAGUUAGAAAAUCAAAAGUUAAAUUAAGUUAUGCCUUUUAGUAUUGAAUAAUUGUAUUUGAUUUGUUCACUUACAUAACAAACACUACAAAUGAAAUAAAAAGUGUACUGUACAUUGCUCA